AAGAGCUUACUCUACAUGGCACUCGUUUCAGUCAGCGAAAAGUGUUUUAACACCAUAGAAUCAGUACUGAAAGCAGUGAAAACGGGCGAUAUUCGCAGCUCCGAGGUUAUGUUGAAAUCACUUGGAAAAGAUGGCUUGUUAGUGCAACAACAGGCAUCUGUGUAUUGUGAUCGGCUAAAAGAAGCUGAAGAUGAACACAAGAGACAAGUGGAGGCCAUUACUCGACAGAUAAACGAAUUAUAUCAGGAACAGAAACAACACGAAAAAAGGAAAAAAGAAUUAGAAGCAAAGAAAUCUUCACUAACGAACAUGAAGAAUCAUUACAUCCAAAGUAAGCGAGAGGCUAAAGUAAAGUAUCAAGAAGCAGAGAGGGAAAAGAGGGAAGCUGAAAAAAAGGACGAAGAAUUUAGGACGUAUUGGUGGGUGCCUAUUUAUGGUCAGUACCUUGCAGUGCGCGAAAUAAUUGAAGAAAAUAAUGGGAAGGCAAGAGCUGCCUCGAGAGAAAUGGCCCGUCAUGAAAGGGAUGCGGAGGAAGCCGAAAGGAAGAUUGAACGGACCAAUUCUGGAAUUCGUCAGGCUGAGGAAGACAUGCGGAGGAUUUCUAAGGAAGUGGAACAGCUGGAAAGACAACGAAAAGAACGCCACAAUGAACUGGGUGACGUUAAAAGUAUGGUGGUAUUCAUCCUCCGAGCUGUUACUUUCUGGAAGGAGGUAGUCGAACUUACCAGGGCCGCAAGAGUGAAGACUGAAAACAUUCAAAAGAUCGUGGAACUGGCUCAGAAGAAAGAUUCAGUUCGCAUACUCACAAGCAGAGGUACCCGAAUUAAGAUGACGUCGUUUAAAGAAUGCUGGAUGGAAUUGGUACAGACCAUCAACUCCGAUGUAGAACAAGCUGAUUUUUUAAAGGAAGGGUAUGCAAAAGCUGCUAUUUCCUGAUGGUGCAAAUAAUGAUGGCAAAAAAACAAUGGCAACGACAAUUAUGACAACU